ACAAAAAAUUUUGGUUGCCCGCGAAAAAUGCUGUCCAAGCAAAACAAAUUUUUAGCAGCUGCUCGCCGUUUAAUGUGUUUUCCAUAAUUUUGAAUUUUCUUAAUAUAAUAAGUUUUAAUUAAAAAUGAGUGCUUCUAAAACAGGGCGACCACGCCGCACUAGCGCCAGAUUAAGUAGCACGGAAGAUGUAUUGACAGUGACAGCAGAAGAUUCGGAUGAUGAAAAACAAGCAGCUAUGGCACGCCAACCUCGCAGGUCAAGCCGCAAGGUAAGCCCACAUAAGAAAUAUGCCGACUUUGUGCCUAUAGGCAGCAAACAACGCAAGCGACGACAGGUGGGUUAUGAGGAGACGGAUGAGGAUACUGAAUCCGAAGAUGAGAACUACGUACCACCGUCGACAAAGCGACCGGAUAUUGCUGACAUACAGCUGUUGCAAGAUGAAGAGGAGGUGGUGGGAAAGAAUAUGUACGGAUUCCAUACGCCAAAGAAACGAAAUGGUAUGGCAUUGGCAGCCAUGAAUACACCGAAAACACCAAAAACUCCAAAGACGCCAAUGACACCGAAGACUCCAAAGACAUCACGUCUUUCCACAUCACAGCCACAAACAAAAACACCGGUUACAAAGCGGCGAAAAUCGACGGCCGAACCAAAGACACCGUCACAUCUACGACAACGCGUUAAAAAUCAAAUCGCUAAACUAAUGGAUUCCGAUUCGGACUUCUCGGCGAGUGGCAGCGACUUCGUUCCCACGGAUAGUGAUAGUAGCAGCUCAUCUAGUAGUGAUGAUGAUGAAGAUACCGCUGCGGAUGGUGGCGAUGAUGAGCCAAAAACGCCACAUAAGAGUCGCCGACCUAUUGUAGUACCAGUGUUGCCCAAGACGCCUUCUGCGGCGCGUGCGCGUCAGUCGGCGCGCGCUAAGAAAUCCUCCGUAGACUAUGUACCUGAAAAAGUUGUAACUGUCAAUGCGGCAGCACUGACUGGGCUGGGCAACUUAAUUGUUUUUUAA